UGGGCAACAGAGAAUGCUCUCAAGCGUACCAGCUGGGUCGGGAUGUGGGUGUGAUUCCGGACCCUCAUAUGCACCGCUCGUUCACCGGUUACCUCUCCCUGAACUCAUCAGCUCAUCUGAACUCCCACUACAUGGAUGUGCACCGCUCCCUCUCUCCAGAGCAGCUUGGGACGUUCAACCACAGCCUGCGGGCCACUUCGGGAGAGAGCGGAAAGGUGACACAGGGGGGUGUGGGUGUCGUGGCUCUGGCCCUGUCCUUCCUGUUCGACAUCCUGACCCAGCAGGCCAAGAACCAGACCGGGACGACCCAUUUCAUCCACCAAAUUUUCAGAGAGCGCGAGGACGACAACAGCUCAGAGAUCGGGACCGUCAUCACCGACUACCUGAAACUAGUCCCGCUGAUCGCCAACGACCCCCAACGCAUGAAGGAGGAGACCGAUCGCUACGAACAAAGACUCAACAGCUCGCUGGUCAGCCAUUUUGAGAGCAUAUUCGAGACACAAAAUGACAGUUGGACAGAGUGGAAGAUAUUCAUCCACGGUCUCGUCUUUCAUCAGCACAUGAUGAUCCACCUGGUCCGAAUGGGAGCGAACAUAUCAAUGGACCGACUGCUUCAAAAAGACUGGAAACUGAAAACUGGAAAAACAAUCAAUAACAUGGGUGAAGGUCUGAAACGCAAUUUGGAAGAUUUUACAAAUAUAGGGGAACGUCUGAGGAGCAUCUGUCCAGAAAAGCACCAGUUACUCACUAGUUGUAAGGACAUAGACCAAAACCUACAGGACCUCUUUACAUAUGAAUUAGCCUUCAUGGGAGGGGCCUACUUUUGGAACAUCGAAAAAAAUUCUCCCCAUUUAAUUAGCCAGGAUGAGGACUUUUUCUACUAAGUAAAUGUAGCACACGCUCUAGACUUAAACAUCACUACGGAAAUGUCUUUAACAAGGUUCACAAAGUUACACUGAUUGACCUCAGUCCUGAAGACAGUCGGGUCCUAUGAUAGACCUCUUCAACAUCACGGAUUGGAACAUGGAUCGAAUUGCAGACCAAAAAAAAGAAUCAAUUGUUGUAAUCUGCUGUAAAUGCUUGGAUUUGCUUCCAUUGCUUAUAUUUUUUUUCCAUAAUAUGCAGGAACUCAGGUGAAUGUAUCCUUAUAGCCACUGAAUAAUGAAUGCUUUAAAGUCAGAAAAGUCAGUGUUAGUACUGAUUAUUCACACAGAGAUCAUAAAACGCUCUCAUGCACCAUGCCUUGCUGAAUCAUUCUGUAUUAUUCUGUCCUGUAUGUGAUAAAAAAAUGGAUUACACAUCAUAAAACAAUAUUAAAAUAAAUCAUUAUUGACAAUAAA